GCUGCUAUUGUAGUUUCUCUUUGCUGAAUCCUUUGUUUGUGCAACCAUGUUCAGAAAUCCUUGGAUCUCCAGCUAUUUGGGAAAUGUUAAAUACUCUGAGGAGCAAGAUUUUGACAAAGAAAAUUCAGUCAGAUUUAGACCCUCAAGACUACUCCAUAGAAGGAGGGCACAAAGUUUUCAGAAAGAGUUUUCAGUGGAAGAUAAAGAAGAACUUGCAAACAGCACAAAAGAUAUUGAUGCUAAUCUUCUAGCAGUGCUUCCAAAAGUUUCAGAAUUAAGAAAACUCUUUGAACCAAAAAAGCAAGAUACUUUGGAAAUGAAAAGAAAAGAAAGGAUAGCCAGACGUUUAGAGGGAAUUGAAAAUGAUACCCAACCAAUCCUGCUACAAAACUGUCCAGGAUUAGUGACCCAUCGUUUAUUAGAAGAGGAUACACCAAGAUAUAUGCGUGCUACAGAUCCAUAUAGUCCUCACUUUGGAAGAUCAAAUGAAGAGGAGGAAACUUCAGAUUCUUCUGUAGAAAAGCAGCCUAGAUCAUCUAGGUACCGCGCAGAAUCCACAGGUGCAAAUACAGAACCAUCCUAUAGCACCGAAUCCAUGGAUACCCAGGGGCUCGAUUCAAAAGCAGAAAGGAUAGCUAGGUACAAAGCAGAGAGGCGACGCCAAUUGGCAGAAAAAUAUGGAUUGACUUUAGAUUCAGAUGUUGAUUCUGAAUAUAUGUCCAAAUACAUAAGGGCAAGGAAAGAUCCUGAUACUGCUGAGAAAAAGGGUGCGAAAAGUGAGAAGCAGGAAGAUGAAAGCAGGGAUUAUAGUUCUCUGUACACCUCCCAGACAGAGAUGCAAGAGUCAAAGAGGAGUACUUCUGAAUCCAAGGAGUACUCCUGUUCCACAAAAGAGAGUGUUCCAGAUGGAGAGGAGCUUUUAAAUGAGGAGAACAAUAAACGAGCACGGGACUCGAGUACUAUUGGGCAGGCUCAUGACUUGUCCUCAGCAGUGGAGAGUUCUGCAUCCUUUUCAUUUUCUGGGCAAGAAUCCUCCUUUAGCGAAGUGCCAAGAUCACCAAAGCAAACUCCCGGAGUCUCUCUUUCCUCACCAAAGCAGGUAGCCUCACCAAGCCACUCCCAGAAUGACCAGCUUGUGCACAUCGACACCAGACAAGGUAGUGCAGGGAAAGCAAAACCUGAAUGGUUUCUUCAGAAAGAUUCGGAAGGGGACACACCUUCACUUAUCAGCUGGCCCUCCAGAGUAAAAGUUAGAGAGAAACUGGUGAAAGAGGAAAGUACUCGUGGAAGCCCUGAACUUGUCACAGAUGCUCUGUCUCUCAGAAAAUCACAGCCAGUGCCAGUUCAUUACAUGCCUCUUCAGUCAGAAACAUCUGCCUUUGAUAGGGUUGCCAACCAAUCACUCAGCUCAGUUCGCCAACCAAUAUAUGGCUAUAUUCAGUCCACUGGUGUUGCUCAAGCUGCUAAGCUGAUGGCAACGGAAGAACUAGAAAAUGUGUCAAUUAGCAAUUUGUUAGUCCCAGACAAUGCUGGUUUCAUCACAAAAACCCCAACAGCCUCUCUGCUACAGAAUGAAAAGAGCGACAUACUCGAGAGCUAUGGAUCAAAGCCUGAUGAACAUAAUCUGGAGAUGGAAGAGCUUUCAAAAAGCAGAAAACCGAUUCUGCCCUCUGAGAUUCGCAAGCAAGGAAAGAGCCAUGAAGGCCUUUUUAGAGGAAGGGAAUUAGACAAGCCUGCGUUUAGCUCAUCCCUGAUAAGCAAGCCAAAGGCAUCAGAGCUUCAGAAAGAACUUGAGUGCAUCAAGCAUCAGAUACCUGAACCUCAGCUUAAGAUGCCUGAGAACAUUGAAAGGAGUGAAACUAUUAUGUUCAUUCAAAGUGGAUCUGUAUCGCAAUCUGCCAAGGCGAAAGGCACUCCUCGGGAAGUGCCUACAGCAAAACAAAAACUCUUGACUCGCUCCUUGUCUGAUUACACUGGUGCUCCUAAGCUAGAGACUUUUAAAAUUAAGGAGCCAGUUACAAAAAAGGAGAUGGCAUUUCAGAGUGUUGAAGCAAAUGUGCCCAAUGGUGAGAUUGGCAUGGUAGACACAAAGGUCUCUGUUGCCCAGCUCCGUAAUGUCUUUCUGGAAACUGCUAAUGCCAACAAGAAAACUGAACUUGAAUCUCGGUUUGAGAUGCCAACAUCAGGUAGUGCUUUGUCUGCCAAUACUGAACGUGAAAGAGGGCCACGAAAGCCAAGGCGCUAUUUUUCUCCUGGUGAAAGUAGAAAGACUUCCGAGAGAUUUAGAACUCAACCUAUAACUUCAGCAGAACGAAAGGAAUCAGAUAGAUCUGCUUUGACUCCAGAAAUGCCAGCUGCUGAUGAUGAAGAAAAACUGGAUGACCGAGCCAAACUGAGUGUUGCUGCAAAAAGGCUGCUUUUUAAAGAAAUGGAAAAAUCACUUGAAGCAAAAAAUAUUCCUAAACCACGUUCAAGGAAUUCAGCAGUAGAGAGAAGACUGAGGCGUAUGCAAGAUAGGUCCCGCACACAACCAGUUACUACUGAAGAAGUGGUCAUUGCAGCAACUGAACCUACCCCUGCUUCACGUUCUGUGAAUACCCACACUGUAGUGGCAAGAAUACCUAGUCCCACUGUAGUUAAGAGCACUGUACAACCUAUCAGUCUACAGGCAUCAGCACACCAAAAAAUUUUAGCUAAAGAAGAGAUCAAAGCAGCCAAAGAAGCAGUUGAACAAGAACAGUCUGAUGAACCAGACUCCUCUAGCUUAAGCUUGGCAGAAAAGAUGGCCCUGUUUAACAGACUGUCUCAACCAGUAUCAAAGGCCCUCUCAACAAGGAGCAGAUCUGACAUCAGACACAGGAGAAUGAAUGCUCGCUACCAAACACAGCCAGUCACGCUGGGAGAAGUUGAGCAGGUGCAAAAUGAAAGUGGAAAAAUCACUCCUCUGCCACCUGCUGUUGUAACAUCAGUGUCAACUAUGGCUUCUGCCAUUUCUGCAGUGUAUGCGGGAGAUCUUCAUGCCAAAUCAGCAGUUGAUGAAAACAUAAGUGCUACUAGUAAAGCUGAUUUGAGAUUCCAUUCUUCAGUCGAAACUGUAGAUUCUUCAAUAAAAGGUGCGCUGAAAUCAGAACAGUGGCAACCUUCAGUUGAUGCGAUAGAGAGCAAAAGAGCAUUAAAGGAACAUGAUGAAGGAGAGACGCACAGAUUCCUAGCACAUGAAGAUAAUGAAAUCAGAAAGUAUGGCUCUUUUGAGGAAGAAACCAUACACCCUGCUCUUGAGAAGACAGAAGAUUACCACAAAUCGACAAAUUAUGCUUUCCCAAGGAAGAGCAGUACAGAAUUGUUUAGAUCACAAGCACUUUUUCAGCCUUCUGAAGAGGAGGAGCUUUUGUCCAAUACUGUCAUUCAGGAUAAACUGGAACUCCAAAAUGAGCAAUUCUUUGAGGAGGAAUUGGAAAGUGUCAUGAGAAGCAGGACCUUGCAAAGAGACCAUGUUGAGCCUACUUCUGAACUUGUUGGCACAACAGCAACAAAGACUGUUUCACAGACUGCAACUCUGGCAUCCUGUAAACAGCAGGAGACAUCUGAAGAGUUGGAGGGAAAAUUCUAUAAGAGCCCCUGCGAGAUGUUUUCUGCUGAAGAGAACAGAAUGGAAACAGCUGAGGAUGUACUUGAUGCAUCCACCAAAACAAUGUCAAUUAAAGAAAGGCUGGCACUGUUGAAGAAGAGUGGAGAAGAAGAUUGGAAAAGCAGACUUAACAAAAAGCAGGAGUAUGCAAAAGUGUCUGUCACUGAACGUAGUGUGCAGCUGCAAGAAGUUGAACAGUUGUUAAAGAACAAGGAAGAAGGAAGAAUUACAGACGAUAAUGCCAUGUCUAAUCAGCUUUGGGAACCCGUCUAUGCUUCUACUUAUUCUCCUGCUACACCUGCUGCCCAUAAAUUUCAUCCUUUUGUACCUAUUAACCAGGUCAGUAGUACUAGUUUGACAGAAUCAAGCCCCUUGAUCUUUGAGCGUCAUCCUUGGAGAUGGAAGAAACAGAGAAUGGCAGAUCGUCAGGAGAGUCAAAUGUCUAUUGAAGAAAGAAAACACCAAAUUACUGCCCGAGAAGAAGCCUGGAAGACAAAGGGUAAAGGAGCAGCCAAUGACUCCACGCAGUUCACUGUGGCUGGCCGAAUGGUAAAAAAAGGUUUGGCUUCACCAAGUGCCCUAACUCCAGUGACAUCCCCUUUCUCUAGCAGGCUCAAGUCCACCACCCCAAUAUCAAAGCCUAUGGAAGAAAUUGAAGCCAGGCCUGAUAUGCAAUUAGAAUCAGACAUGAAGCUGGACAAGCUGGAAUCCUUCUUGGGAAGGCUGAACAACAAAGUUGGUGGGAUGCAAGAAACAGUACUAACGGUCACAGGAAAAUCUGUGAAAGAGGUGAUGAAGCUGGAUGAUGAUGAAACCUUUUCCAAAUUUUACCGUCACACGGAUUUCCCCACUUCCUCAGUGCCUUUGGAGCUGGAUGAGGACUUUGAUGCCAUCUUUGAUCCUUAUGCACCAAAGCUAAUUUCUUCUGUAGCAGAGCACAAACGUGCAGUGAGGCCUGUGCGCAGAGUUCAGGCCUCAAGAAAUCCCCUCCGAAUGCUGGCAGCAAGAGAGGACAUUCUUCACGAGUACACUGAACAGAGGCUAAAUGUUGCCUUCAUGGAGUCCAAGCGAAUGAAAGUAGAGAAAAUGUCCACCAACUCAAACUUCUCAGAAGUAGCACUUGCUGGCUUAGCGAGCAAGGAGAACUUCAGCAGUGUCAAUCUACGGAGUGUCAACCUAACUGAACAGAACUCCAACAACAGUGCUGUGCCGUACAAGAAACUGAUGCUCUUGCAGGUUAAAGGAAGAAGACAUGUUCAGACAAGAUUAGUUGAGCCAAGGGCUUCAUCACUGAACAGUGGAGACUGCUUCCUCUUGUUAAGUCCACAUUACUGUUUCCUGUGGGUAGGAGAGUUUGCAAAUGUCAUAGAAAAAGCAAAGGCUUCAGAACUUGCAACUUUAAUUCAGACAAAGAGGGAACUUGGCUGUAGAGCUUCUUAUGUACAGACUAUUGAAGAAGGAAUAAAUACCCAUACCCAUGCAGCCAAAGAUUUUUGGAAACUUCUCAGUGGUCAGACAAGUUAUCAGUCUGCUGGAAACCCUGAAGAAGAUGAAAUGUACGAAGCCGCAAUAAUUGAAACAAAUUGUGUUUACCGUUUAGUAGAUGAUAAACUUAUUCCUGAGGAUGACUACUGGGGCAAAAUGCCAAAAUGUACCCUGCUACAACCAAAAGAGGUCCUGGUUUUUGAUUUUGGUAGUGAAGUAUACGUGUGGCAUGGGAAAGAAGUCACUUUAGCACAAAGGAAAGUGGCAUUUCAGUUGGCCAAACACUUGUGGAAUGGAACCUUUGACUACUCCAACUGUGACAUAAAUCCUCUAGAUCCCGGAGAAUGCAACCCCCUCAUACCCAGAAAAGGACAAGGACGGCCUGACUGGGCUGUCUUUGGCAGACUCACAGAACAUAAUGAAACCAUCUUGUUCAAAGAAAAGUUUCUUGACUGGACUGAACUGAAGAAACCCAAUGAGAGGAACUCUAGUGAAUCUCUUCAGCAGAAGGAAGAGUCUAGAUCUGAUUCUAAACCCUGCAAUGUCACGCUAAUGGUGUCUGUGCCCCAAAAUACUGUCGGCACAGUGUUGGAUGGAAUGAACAUUGGCCGUGGAUAUGGAUUUGUUGAAGGAGAAGAUGGGAGGCAGUUUGAAAUUAUCACUGCCUCUGUGGAUGUCUGGCACAUCCUAGAAUUUGAUUAUAGUAGGCUACCAAAGCAAAGCAUUGGGCAGUUCCAUGAGGGAGAUACAUACGUUGUUAAAUGGAAGUACAUGGUGAGCACUGCAGUUGGAACCAGGCAAAAAGGAGAGCAGCAAGUGAGGGCUGUUGGGAAAGAAAAAUGUGUGUACUUUUUCUGGCAAGGGAGGCACUCCACCGUGAGCGAGAAAGGGACAUCAGCACUGAUGACAGUGGAGCUCGAUGAAGAGAGAGGAGCUCAGGUACAAGUUCUUCAAGGGAAAGAACCCCCGUGUUUUCUGCAGUGCUUCCAGGGCGGGAUGAUUGUGCAUGCUGGAAGAAGGGAAGAGGAAGAAGAAAACGCACAAAGUGACUGGAGGCUGUACUGUGUACGAGGAGAGGUUCCCAAUGAAGGAAACCUGCUUGAAGUAGCGUGUCACUGUAGUAGCCUGAGGUCCAGGACUUCCAUGAUUGUGCUCAAUAUAAAUAAAGCCCUUAUCUAUCUAUGGCAUGGCUGCAAAGCACAGUCUCACACAAAGGAUGUAGGAAGAACAGCAGCUAAUAAAAUAAAAGAACAAUGUCCCCUGGAAGCAGGAUUGCACAGCAGUAGCAAAGUGACCAUACAUGAAUGUGAUGAGGGCUCGGAGCCAUUGGGAUUCUGGGAUGCGUUAGGAAGAAGAGAUCGAAAAGCUUAUGAUUGCAUGCUGCAAGAUCCUGGGAAAUUUAACUUCACCCCCCGUCUAUUCAGCCUUAGUAGCUCAUCAGGAGAAUUCUCAGCCACAGAAUACAUAUAUCCUGCCAGAGAUCCCACUGUUGUCAAUUCUAUGCCAUUCCUGCAGGAAGACCUCUAUACUGCCCCACAGCCAGCACUUUUCCUUGUUGACAAUCAUCACGAAGUGUAUCUCUGGCAAGGUUGGUGGCCUGUUGAAAACAAAAUUGCUGGAUCAGCUCGAAUCCGAUGGGCUUCAGAUCGGAAAUGUGCCAUGGAAACAGUACUUCAAUACUGCAAAGGGAAAAAUGUUAAGAAGCCUCCCAAAUCCUACCUAAUUCAUGCUGGUCUGGAACCCUUGACAUUCACCAAUAUGUUCCCAAGUUGGGAACACAGAGAAGACAUUGCAGAGAUCACGGAAAUGGAUGCUGAAGUUUCUAAUCAGAUAAUCCUUGUAGAAGAUGUGUUAGCCAAGCUGUGUAAAACUGUGUAUCCCCUGGCAGAUCUUCUAGCAAGGCCUCUGCCUGAAGGAGCUGACCCACUGAAGCUUGAAAUUUACCUUUCGGAUGAAGAUUUUGAGGUCGCGUUAGAAAUGACAAGAGAGGAGUACAAUGCAUUGCCCUCAUGGAAGCAGGUGAACCUUAAGAAGUCAAAAGGACUUUUCUGAAUUGUGUUGUCAUUUAAAAAUAGUGCUGGAGGGAUCUCUGUUGUCACAUUCAAUACCUUUGGACCAGCAAAACAAACUCCUCUGGUUUAGUAUUCAAGAAUCAAUAUAGCUAUGAUCUGAAGUACUCUAGAUCCUACCCAAGCUGUAUGUAAAUGUGUGAGAACAUUAUUGUUUCACCUCCAAGGGUAAUGCGUUUAAAUUCUGCUCUCCUAUGCACUUAAACAGUAGUUUCUCAAGCAACUGCUGCACCUGUCCGUUGGCUAUAUAUACAGACUUGCCAUUUUGUUUUUGAAGAGGUUCUCUUUGUAAAGUGGUAUUUUGUUAGUUUGUGGAUUAAAAAGAAUUUAUAUUUAUAUAAACACAUAAAACAUGUAUUUAACAAUGCAAUAUGUAUUCACUUUCAAGACUUCCAUGUCAAAAAAACCCAAGUAGCUGGGUGGCAGUUGCUUUUCUGAAUUAGCUCUGCCACCAACCUGUAUCUCUUAUGCAUUCUGAAAAGUUUCUCUUUGCAAUAGAUAAUGAAUUGUUCUCAGUGCUGCUUCAGGUGCUAAAUUGAACAAAGCAUUUGUAUUUAUGGCAUGAGUUUCUUGAGAAACUAUGCGACUCAAACUUUAUACUUUAAUAUCCAAAAAUGUAUAGUGCCUUGUUUUUUGUGUACAGUUUAUAUACAAAAAGAUUGGUCUGCAUUUUGAAGAUGGCUUAGAAUGGUCUCCUAUGUUACUUUUAUAACGAUAGAAUAAAAACAUCUCAGUUUCUAAUACUUGUUGUAAACAGUAAACACGUCUUUUGUGAUAUAAGAACUUAAAGUGAAAGCUUCCAAAUAAACUCUUAGCAAUGC